AAAAUAUUCACAAAUUAAUUGAGGCAGAGGAAAGCACCCUCCAUUCUCCCCCACAACUAGUCUUCAUGAGUGUUUCAGGAGAAAUCCCACCCCCUGCCCUGCUGCUAUAAAGGCAGCACAACCCAAACAGAAAGUAUUUUCUGAUCGUGCUGCAGCAGCGACACAGGAUGCUACUGAUCCUCUCUGUCCUCUGUUUGGCUUUUAAAGCCCACGCCUCUCACAUCAGCCUCCAUGGGACGACCACAGUCGCAUACGGUGGGGAGGCAAACUUCAACUGCAUGCUAGCAAACCCAACAGGCGUUCUGCAGGUCACCUGGCAGCGGGGUCUGAGACCUGAGUCAUUGGAAAACAUGGCAACAUACAACAAACCUGUCGGGGAGCAAAUAAACGAGCCUUUUAAAGGGAAGGUGAUCUUGAACAACUCAUCUCUAAGCUCCUCGUCCAUCACACUGAAGAAUGUGACGUGGGCAGAUGAAAAUUGUUACGUCUGUUCCUUCAACGUGUAUCCUGAUGGGUCCAAACGGAAGCAGAUCUGCCUCAAGGUGGAAGGAAUAUCAGAGAUGCACAAAAAGAACUCCUCCGCAAGCAGUGCUGGCCGUGAGGUCAAGGAAGAGCUCAGUUGCUCAGCCACAGGGAAACCCGCUCCCAAAAUUUCCUGGAACAUCUCCAAUCUUGCUCCCACAAACACCUCACAGACUACAGUCAUCAACAGUGAUGGGUCAUUCACCACCAGCAGCAACAUCACACUGCAGGUGCCUACAGACUGGACGGGACAUGUGUACUGUGUAGUGAACCAAGGACUGCCGGGACAGCGGCAGGAGGAAUUCAGUUUUUCUUCACAAGAAAAGGAGAAGGAGGAAGGGAAUGCGUCACAGAACGCUCUCAUCAUCGCAGUCGUAGCAGUCAUCAUCUGCGUCACUGUCGUAGCAGCUGUAUUCGUCCACAAGAGCAGAUUAAAGAGAAGAUGCGACGAUUUCACUGCCGUUUGAUCCGCCUUUUCAGCAGCACAGCAUUCAAGCAUUACAAUAACCUCGGAGUCUGUUGCACUGAUGAUGUUCAUAAGCUAAAGUCAGGCGAGCUCUCAAAGAUCCAAUGAACAACAGUCCGCUGAAUCACAUUUCUCUCCAACUGCAGCACUUUUUGCACUUUAACUCGGAGCUUGUCUACGGACUUUGUUGAAUGUAAAAACCACARCACAGCCACAGUCACGUGCUCUAAAGAAAGCGUUGUGCAAUAGAAAGUUUACRUCAGGAAAAUAACUUCUUAACUGAGCUUCUGGCGCCAUCUAGUGUCCCGUUGUGUGAACGUGUUAUUCCUUCAUAAGCCAUCCUGAGAAAUUAAAUGUGAUUUUAUUAGUGCAAACAUAUUGGACGUCUU